AUGGGCAUCAAACGACAACUUGUCCAGCCUAGUAGAAUAGCAGUUAAAGACGUUUGCUUCACUAUUUCUGCUCCCAGAGCUUAUAAUGACUCUCCUGCUUGUCAGCCAGAUGUGAAGAGUUUGAGCAUUUGCUUACUGCCUGUGACCAAGCUAAUGCAUUUCAUCUUGGUCCAUUUAUUCUUCCUGGCUGAGAAUGGAAUAACAUUAGCUUUGGAUCUAGAGAAGAGCGUGUGUGGCCUUCCUUCUGUACAUGAGCUUGCACUAUCGGUGUCAGUGGGCAAGUUACCAGAUGACCCUGAUCCUGUUCGUUCUUAUGCACUUUCAAGCAGUGAUCACUGGAUAGCAGUGAGGCAGGAGGCCUGCAAACAAGCUGCUCCUCCUCCUCCACCUCACUUCCUCCCCCACUGCGCCCCAAACCCUUUGUUGGCUGAGAAUGGUAAAGUUAGCACAGAUGUGGGGUUUGGACCUGACGCUUUAGACUUCUCGGGAGAUGUUCCACAUCAGCUCUCUAACACCAAUUUCAUCCUGCCUUCCUUGUUUGGGAUCAUCUGUUUCUUUGGGAUCGUGGAGAACUACAUCGUCAUCAUCGCAGUCAGCAAGAACAGAGUGCCGGACAUCUACAUUGUCAACCUGUCUAUUGCCAGCCUGCUUUUCCUAUUGGGAAUGCCUUUCCUCAUCCAUCAGCUGGUGGGCAAUGCUGUGUGGCACUUUGGAGAGACUCUGUGCACCAUCAUCACUGCCAUGGAUGCCAACAGCCAGUUCACCAGUACCUACAUCCUUACUGCUAUGUCCAUUGACCGCUACUUAGCGAUGGUUCACCCUAUCUCAUCUCCUCACUUUAGCAAGCCCUUCAUUGCAACGUUAAUCAUAUGCCUGCUUUGGUUUGUCUCGCUCAUCAGCAUUACUCCUGUCUGGAUGUACACUGGCUUGAUCCUUCUCGGGGAGAGCAGCAUUCACCUGCCCAAUCCUCAAACAGAUAUCUACUGGUACACCUUCCUCCAGUUGUUUUUGGCACUUGCUGUGCCCUUCCUGGUGAUCAGUGUGGCUUAUGUCAGGAUAUUACAGCACAUGACCUCAGCCACUCCUACCACUCAGAGAAGUGUACGACUGAGAACCAGAAAGGUCACGUGGACUGCAGUUGCCAUCUGUUUGGUGUUUUUUAUCCAUUGGGCUCCAUUCUAUGUUUUGCAGCUCACCCAACUUUCCAUUGACCAACCUACUUUGCCCUUUUACUAUGCCUACAACUCAGCAAUAAGCCUUGGCUUUGCCAACGGCUGCCUCUACCCAUUUGUGUACAUCGGCCUGUGUGAGAGUUUCCGAAGAAAGCUGGUGCUGGUCUCCUGUCACCGGUCUCCAAAUCCCCAAAAUGAAGCAGGAAAGCUCAUCGUGUGAGCAAGUCAAGUAGAAGGUGGAGCGAGGGUCAAAGGCAGGAACAAGGUGUGGAAGGUCUCAAUCCUGCUUUAAGUGGUGACUACACUUUGAAAGCACUUCAUUGGCAUUUUAAAAAAU